AUGAAUCCUACACCCUUUAAUGUAAAAUAUUUGGACCAUACCUUCUUCAAGUCGUUUAAAAAUGUUAAAAUGGUAAAAAGUAUCAGACCUGGAGGAAAGCCUGGAGCUGCUAAGGUUAAUGACAUUCGUGGUUUAAAGUAUACACCCGAGGGUGAAAUAUUUGACAAACUGCGAUUGUCGGAAGAAUGGACGAUUCUUCCUCAACGAAGACGACAAGAACUCAGUACAAAAACAUGGGCUGAACUGGAUAGUCUUCAUCAAAAUAAAAUUGAAAUCUCAGCUCGAAAAUAUUCUGAUCUCCAAGUCAACUUUAUCAGCCGAUUAUCAUGGCUUCUACAAUGAUUUGUUACAUGAAUAAUUACAUAAUAAAAAAUUAUUUUGUAACGAAAUUAUUUUAUUUUAAGUUUACUUUUGUUUUUAAAAUGCUUAGUUUGUCGUUUUUGUUCAAUGUC